AUGGACAAUUCGUCAGCCUCAUCAUCGCCAGGCCUACCCCCCUUACGGCACGCAGACGACUCUGAUCCCGAUGAAGCUGAUAUAGAAGAGCAUAUGGGUCCACAAGGCUUUCACUUCCGCCGGAGUACUCGCACCGACCCGGACGAUAGGCAUCACGAUCCAUCUGUCGACCCAGUGUUGCAGCGGUUUCAGGACAUGAUUCAAAGCUUUAGUCAACCUCGGCGAAGUGAGGGCACGAGCCUUUUCGGCCGUCCAGACAAUGACUCCUAUUCGCCACGAUUCCGACGCACUACAAUCACAUCCGGCACGUUUGGUGGGGGAACCGCGUCAGUCACGAUAUUUUCUGGCCCAGUAUUUGGGUCUCGCGGUGCCGGCGAUGUUGGCGGUGUUGGCGAAGACGGUGAUGAGUCCACGAAUCCGAACAAUUUCGACCCUUUUCAAACCAUAUUUUCCAAUGUCAUCCGAGAUAUGGGCCCGCCAGAUGGAGCAGGCGAAGGUGGCCCUCAAUUCGGUCUUGCCAGAAGCUUGCAAGAGAUCUUAAAUCAUUUUAGCCCGGCUAAUGCCAUGAUGGGCGAUGCUGUCUAUUCCCAAGAAGCCCUCGACCGCAUCGUAACCCAGCUGAUGGAAACUACAUCACAAUCCAACGCAGCUCCGCGAGCGUCUAAUGAAGCAAUUACCAAGUUGGAUCGUAAAACUGUUGACAAGGAAUUCCUUGGUCUAGAAGGCAAGGCUGAAUGCUCGAUUUGCAUUGAUGCAAUGAAGGAGGGAGAACUAGCCACAUUUCUUCCAUGUAAACAUUGGUUUCACGACGAGUGUAUUGUGCCAUGGUUGAAACAGCACAAUACUUGUCCAGUUUGUCGGACUCCGAUGGAAAAGAACGAGCGAGGACAAGAAAACAACAGAGGAGAGAGCGCCACAGGUGCUGCUGGCGCACCUGGACCGAGCAACAUUCGUUUCCAUGUGCAGUCACCCACCCCGCCAGCAAACUUCAGCCGAAACAACUCGGAUCACUCACGAGAUAUUGGGAAUAGAUCCGAGAACGGUUCUGAUACGCCCACGGGCAGAGCGGCGGCAGACUUGGUUUCUUCGGUCAACCUUGAUCCUCAGUCCCGACCGUCGAAUCCGAGUCAAAGUAGGCUGAAUGAAGCGCUCCGCAGCGUGGCAAAUACCCAGCGAGAACGAGACAAUGAUAGGCGGAAUCGAGCGAGCACCUCUGAAAUGAGCUACGACACGUCACGAAUGCAGCGUAGAACGUCGCACUCGCCACCAAGUCCGAGAGCAUUCAAUUUGGCCGAGCAGGGCGCUCGCAUGCGACAAAGAAGCCCUUCCGAAAAUGACAGGCGAGGCAAUGGAGACCGAGAGCCUCGGCGGCAAUCUGGUGCGCUCAGCUGGCUGCGAGAGCGAUUUGCGGGGAAUGGAAGUGGAGGCAGUCAAGGGUCGUCUCGAGACGAACAGCAACCUUGA